UCAAGAUGGCGGUCAAUUCGAUUUGUUGGAAGAUGCCUUCCAGGUUUCGUUUCUAUUCUGCAAAAUCGAAAAGAAAAGUUCGAGUCCAACCAUAUUUAAUAGAGUUCAAUAGGUUGCUGGAAUCGAGUAUUACUGCAAUUGAAGGAGUCUCUAAUGAAGAUCUGCUCCAUGCAGUUGUAGCAUUGUAUGAUAUAUGCCUUCCUGAAAUUACACCUGAAGUUUUGUAUCCAACAGUUUGCGGAAAAUGGGAAAAAACAAUUGUUUUACUCAGAGACUUCCAAGAUCUCUUGCUUGAGAUGAAAGGUGUCUCUCCAGAAAGUGAUGAAGAUCCAGAGUUGACUGAAGAUAGUUUGAAACCAUUUAUCAGCAGUAAAUUGUGGAGAGAUAUCUUUGAUGAACAAUCUACUGAAACAAAAUCUGAAGAUUUACCUGCUGAUAAACAAGAAACUGGAAAUAACAAUAAAGAAACAAAAAAUCUAAGUAAACAAGUCUCUUGGAAUGAUGAUGCACAGGAUGUAAAAAAUGAAUCCACUGACUCUGCCCAUGAAAAUUCACAAGAGGAUGAUGAAAGUACAGAUGAUUUGAAUACUGUUUAUGAUGAGUGCUCUACAAAGAGAAACACUUGUAAAUGUGACAGUAAGGAGACAAAGACUCAUCAGUAUAAAGAGACAGAAAAGAAUGAUCUAGCAGAGGAAAGGAAUGGGAAUAAGAAUGAAACUAUGGAGAGGGACGUUGAACCAGGAAAGUUUGAUGGUGUGUUUAGUGACACAGAUGACAGUGAUGCAACUGCUGAAAGUGAAGAUGAAGAAGAAGACUUCUCCAAAGGAGUUGAGGAUUUUGUUGAGGCAGCUAAAAAAAGGAGAUUAGAGAGGCAGAAUGGCAAUGUUUCAGAGUCCAAUCUAGGAAUAGAAUCUUUGAUUAUUGGAGCUGCCACCUUUGAACGUUCAUACAGUACAACACGUCAUAAGCCAUCAGAGAAAGUUAUGCAGCUGAACUUACUUGGAAUUAGAAAAAGGUGUCGGAAAUCAGGAAUUGGAAAGUUUCUCCUUGAAACACUAAAAGAUCCUAUUAUCAUCGGUCCUUAUGACACUAUUGCUGUGUAUGCUGAUAAUGAUGCUGUUGAUUUCUUCAAGAAAAAUGGCUUCACUGAUGAUGUGGUUCUUUGUAGCAGAUUUACUGAUUUGACAGAUAACUGGAUCAAUAGUACAUUGAUGUGUUACCUUCCUCCAUUCACUGGUACGGACUACUCUGGGGCAUUUAGAAGUGAAGAAGACCUAAAAGCUAUGGAUGAUGACAUAAGAAAAUGGAGAGAAAAAAGUCUUGAGGCUUACCAGGCCCAGGCCACUUGUGUGGUGAGAAUGCAGCAUGAAAUAAAGACUCUCAGAGCUGUUGUUGACACACAAGAUGAGGCCAUCAAAACCCUAACAAGUGCUAAGGAAAGACUAGUAAAAGAGAAACAUAAACUAGAGAAAGAAUUACUUGCUUACAAGAUGAAGGACAAAGAUGGUAUUCUAGAUAGCAAGGACUGUGACAGUGAUGAUGACAAUUUAUACGAAGCACUCGCUCACAUGCUUAGCAAAAAACACGUGACCGACACGGACUUAGACUGGGACUUGGAGGCCAUAUCCCAUGGAGACUUUCGAGAUGUGCCUCAAGAGGAUGAGGAGUUAGUAUCUUCGUUCAUCGCGAGUCGCAGUGAAAAACAGCUUGUUCAGCAGAUGAAACGCAGCUUGAUGGCCACCAAAAACUAUAAAUACGUUACAAUAAACAGCGUCAAAAGGGUGGAGUCUUGCCACAUUGCUUUCAUGGAAACGGGUUUUGACGCAAGAACUCAAAGACUUGGUGAUCCUGUGGUAUGCACUCAGUUGUACUACUGUGGGGGCUCAGACGAUAAACAAAUUGAAAGAAUCAUGAAACAAGGUUUUAGUAAAGAAGAUUUCACUCGUGGUCCAUAUGGCAAAGGUCUUUAUUUUUCAAUGCAAGCGAGUCAGGCAGCGGCCUUUUCCUCGCCUGGAAAGCUGCUAUUGUGUAAUGUUGGACUUGGUUUGACUGAAUCUGUUGUGGUUCGUGAUCGUGGAAGGACAUUACCUCCUCCAGGAUUUGAUUCUAUUUUGACUGGUGGUCGCCCACCCUCGCCUGUCUUUCCAGGCCACCCGCAGCAGGAGUAUGUAGUGUUCGACCCUCUCCAGGCCAUUCCAGUCUAUCUUGUGGAGUAUUCAACCUCUCGAUGACCUUCCAGAGCAGAAGACUUUUAGCUACAGUACGGCUCAGCUGGAAUACUUCUUUGAAAAAAGCAGAUCGCGAUGUAAAAAUACUUGUUUUAGAUGAAAUAAACUCAUCAAUAUGU